UAAACCUCUCAUUGAUCAUCUCUCUGCACCUCACACUCCAGCAGUCUUCUCUACUUCCUCCAUCUUUACUCUUAAUUUAUUCUUCCUUAAUACUCAGCUUCCACUUCUCUUUGGUUUCGAUGGCCACUGUUGAGGUAGUAUCAUCAACAACGGCCCUGCCUGCAGAGGAGAAAACAGAGGAAUCAUUCAAAGCUGAAGAAACCGCCACCACAGAAGAGGUGGUGGCACCACCACCCUCACAGCCCGAACCAGAAGAGCCAAAGGAAACUGAGGUCCCAGCUGAAUCCGAGGAACCCGUGGCUCCAGAACCAGUACCCGUGGAAGCCAAAGUGGAGACUAAGGAGGUGGUAGAAGAGGAUAAGGUUGUGACUGAAGAGCCUGCAGAAACAGAGAAGACAGAAGAGAAGAGUACUCCAAAGGUGGCACCAGAACCAGCUGUGGAGGAGACUAAAGAAACUACUGAAGCCGUUGAGGCACCGGCGUCGCCGGAGCCCGAGGUUGAAGCUCCAAAAGAUGAAGUCGUCACUGCUGAAGAAGAGAAACAAGUUGAAGCUGUAGAGAAAGUUGGCACAGAAGCACCACCUGAGAAGACAGAGGAGUAGACCUACAGAGUGUGGCUUUAGUGAAUGUCUGUGUCGUGUCAUGUCAUGUGGGGGUGAGCUUAGUAGGUUUCUUGUCAUUAUGUGGAGUUUAAUGAGGGUGUACUUUGUCUAAUAAGGAUUGUUAGGUAGGUGUUAUGUCAGAUAUGCAAAUUAAUGGAUCCACUUGGAUCUCACCAAUGCCGGAUUGCCACGUGGCGGGCAUGCAUAGGGAGACAGACAUAGACAUAGACAUGCUCCAUGCUUGAUUGGAGAAUGUUUAUUUUGAAUUAAUUAUUAUGCCAUGUAGCAUAUGGUUUUUGGUUCCGUGUGGGUUUGAUUACUUCGGGUGCUUGUAUGAUGAUGCAAGAUAUGUUAGCUUGAAUAAUAAUAAAUGAUGUUUAAUAAUUUGAUUCCA